UAUGCUAAUACAGAUCGGGGGAAAAGGAGCUGUCUUGAAGCCCAGCGAGCUGCCGCCAGGGAAGACCCUCCGAGGCUCAACGACGAAUUCCCUCUCACGGAGCCAUGGCUGAAGGGGCGGACGGAGGGGAGGACGAGAUACAGUUCCUACGAACUGAUGAUGAAGUAGUGCUUCAGUGUGUUGCCAGCAUUCACAAAGAACAGCGAAAGUUCUGCCUGGCAGCUGAGGGACUUGGGAAUCGCCUGUGCUUUUUGGAACCAACUUCUGAAGCUAAAUAUGUCCCCCCUGACCUUUGCAUCUGUAACUUUGUGCUGGAGCAAUCUUUAUCUGUCAGAGCUCUCCAGGAAAUGCUUGCCAAUACAGGAGACAAUUCCAGUGAAGGGCCUAGAGAUCUCUCCGAAUGGUUUAUAAGAAAGGCAGCUCAAGGAGGUGGUCACAGAACACUGCUGUAUGGCCACGCUAUACUGCUUCGUCAUUCAUUCAGCGGAAUGUAUUUGACAUGUUUGACUACAUCAAGAUCUCAGACGGAUAAACUUGCAUUUGAUGUGGGACUACAAGAAAAUGCAGCAGGUGAAGCAUGUUGGUGGACCAUACAUCCAGCUUCUAAACAGAGGUCUGAAGGAGAGAAGGUACGAAUUGGAGAUGACCUUAUCCUGGUUAGUUUAGUUUCUGAAAGAUACCUGCAUUUGUCUGUAGCAUAUGGAAACAUACAGGUGGAUGCUUCCUUUAUGCAGACCCUGUGGAAUGUCCACCCCACUUGUUCAGGAAGCAGCAUUGAAGAAGGAUACCUACUUGGUGGACAUGUAUUACGUUUAUUUCAUGGCCAUGAUGAAUGUUUGACAAUCCCCUCUACAGAACAGAAUGAUUCACCACACAAGCGGCUUUUUUAUGAAGCAGGGGGAGCUGGUGUCCGGGCAAGGUCACUAUGGAGAGUGGAACCCCUUCGGAUAAGCUGGAGUGGAAGUAACAUACGCUGGGGACAGCCCUUUCGCCUUCGACACAUUACCACAGGACAGUUUUUGGCUCUGUCUGAAGACCUGGGCCUUGUCUUGGUUGACAAAGAGAAGGCAGACACAAAAUCAACUUCUUUCUGUUUUAGAGCAUUGAAGGAAAAACUGGAUUCUGCUCAUAAACGUGAUAUAGAGGGCAUGGGAGUUCCUGAAAUAAAGUAUGGUGAUUCCAUUUGCUUUGUGCAGCAUGUAGCCAGCACUUUGUGGCUGACUUACAAAGCACAGGAUGCUAAAACAACACGUUUAGGACCACUGAAAAGAAAGGUUAUAUUGCAUCAAGAAGGACACAUGGAUGAUGGUCUUACCUUGCAGAGGUGUCAACAUGAAGAAUCCCAGGCUGCUAGAAUCAUUCUCAACACAACAAGAUUAUUUAGUCAGUUUAUAAGUGGAAACAACAGAACUUCAACUCCCAUCACCUUGCCCAUUGAAGAAGUACUUCAGACCCUGCAAGACUUGAUUACAUAUUUCCAGCCUCCAGAAGAGGAACUAGAACAUGAGGAUAAACAAAACAAACUUCGUUCACUCAAGAACAGGCAAAAUCUAUUCAAGGAAGAGGGGAUGCUGGCAUUGGUUUUGAACUGCAUUGAUCGCUUGAAUGUCUACUAUAGUACUGCUCAUUUUGCAGGAGUUAGUAGGGAAGAAAAUGGUGCAGCUUGGAAAGAAAUUCUGAAUCUUCUUUACAAAUUGCUAGCUGCUCUCAUUCGUGGUAACAGAAACAAUUGUGCCCAGUUUUCUAAUAAUCUUGAUUGGUUAAUUAGUAAAUUGGAUAGACUAGAGUCAUCUUCAGGUAUUUUGGAAGUGUUGCACUGCAUUUUGAUUGAAAGCCCAGAGGCUUUAAAUUUGAUAGAAGAAGGCCAUAUCAAAUCUAUCAUCUCAUUGCUAGACAAACAUGGACGUAAUCAUAAGGUUCUAGAUGUCCUUUGCUCCCUCUGCCUCUGUAAUGGAGUAGCAGUGCGUGCUAAUCAGAACUUUAUCUGUGACAACCUUCUUCCUCGAAGAGAUUUGCUUUUGCAAACACGGCUGGUAAAUGAUGUGACCAGCAUGAGACCAAACAUAUUUCUUGGAAUUGCUGAGGGUUCAGCACAAUAUAAGAAAUGGUAUUUUGAAAUGAUAAUUGAUCAUGUAGACCCCUUUUUAACGGCACAACCUACCCAUCUACGAGUUGGGUGGGCUUCAACUUCGGGCUAUGCUCCUUAUCCUGGAGGUGGAGAAGGAUGGGGAGGCAAUGGUGUUGGUGAUGACCUAUAUUCCUAUGGCUUUGAUGGACUCCAUCUAUGGUCUGGUCGCGUUCCCAGAGCGGUUGCAUCUGUCAAUCAACAUUUACUAGCAUCUGAUGAUGUGGUCAGCUGUUGCUUAGAUUUAGGUGCACCCAGCAUUUCUUUCCGUAUUAAUGGACAGCCUGUGCAAGGAAUGUUUGAAAAUUUUAACACCGAUGGACUUUUUUUCCCUGUUGUGAGCUUCUCGGCAGGUGUCAAAGUGCGUUUCUUGAUGGGUGGGCGCCAUGGAGAGUUCAAGUUUCUACCUCCUACUGGCUAUGUACCUUGCUAUGAAGUUUUGCUUCCCAAAGAGAAGAUGAAAUUGGAGCCAGUAAAAGAAUAUAAGAGAGAUUCAGGUGGAAUUAGAGAUUUACUUGGCACAACACAAUUUCUCUCUCAAGCUAAUUUUAUUCCUUCUCCAAUUGACACCAGCCAGAUUGCCUUGCCUCUCCAUCUUGAGAAAAUCAGAGAUAAGCUUGCUGAAAAUAUCCAUGAACUCUGGGGUAUGAAUAAAAUAGAACUUGGUUGGACUUAUGGAAAGGUACGAGAUGAUAAUAAAAGACAGCACCCUUGCCUAGUGGAGUUUUUAAAGCUGCCUGAAACAGAGAAAAACUACAACUUACAAAUGUCAACAGAAACUUUGAAAACCCUUUUGGCACUUGGAUGUCACAUUGUCCAUGUAAAUCCCGGAGCAGAGGAAGAUCUUAAGAAAAUCAAGCUUCCAAAAAAUUAUAUGAUGUCAAAUGGCUAUAAGCCAGCCCCACUAGACCUUUCUGAAGUGAAAUUAUUACCUUCACAAGAAGUAUUGGUUGAUAAACUUGCAGAGAAUGCACAUAAUGUCUGGGCCAAAGACAGAAUAAAACAAGGAUGGACCUAUGGUAUUCAGCAGGAUCUUAAAAACAAACGAAAUCCUCGACUGGUGCCAUAUUCAUUAUUAGAUGAACGUACUAAGAAAUCGAACAGAGAUAGUCUUCGAGAAGCUGUUCGUACCGUUGCUGCUUAUGGAUAUAACAUUGAGCCACCAGAUCAAGAAUUAGCUGACCAUACAGUGCAAAGAGUGAGCAUUGAUAAGAUACGUUUCUUCAGAGUAGAGCGAUCUUAUGCAGUGAAGACUGGGAAAUGGUACUUUGAAUUUGAAGCUGUAACAGGAGGAGAUAUGCGUGUCGGAUGGGCAAGGCCAGGUUGUAGGCCUGACGUUGAACUAGGCGCAGAUGACCAAGCAUUUGUAUUUGAAGGCAGCAAAGGGCAACGUUGGCACCAGGGGAGUGGAUUCUUUGGAAGAACAUGGCAACCCGGAGAUGUAGUCGGCUGUAUGAUCAAUCUAGGUGACAAAUCAAUGAUAUUUACACUGAAUGGGGAACUGCUCAUAACCAGCAAAGGUUCAGAACUUGCUUUUGCUGACUUCGAAAUAAAUAAUGGUUUUGUCCCCAUAUGCUCUUUGGGUCUGUCUCAGAUUGGACGAAUGAACUUUGGAAGGGAUGCUAGCGCCUUCAAGUACUAUACAAUGUGUGGUCUUCAAGAAGGCUUUGAACCUUUUGCAGUCAACAUGAAUAGAGAUGUUGCAAUGUGGUUUAGCAAGCGCCUACCAACAUUUGUCAAUGUGCCAAAAAACCACCCUCAUAUUGAGGUAACAAGGAUUGAUGGAAACAUUGACAGCCCACCACGAUUAAAAGUUACCCAUAAGACAUUUGGAACACAGAACAGCAAUGCAGACAUGAUAUAUUGCCGCUUGAGUAUGCCCAUUGAAUUCCACUCAUCAUUUAACUAUGGCACUGGUUUGGAACUUGUUGAUGGUUUCCAGAAAAGAAAGCAGAACCAGGAGGUACCAGUUCAUUCUAUAACAUACUACUACUCAGUGAGGAUAAUUGCUGGUCAAGAUCCAUCUUCAGUCUGGAUUGGUUGGGUAACCCCUGACUACCAUUUUUACAGUGAACAGUUUGACCUAAAUAAGAACUGCACUGUAACUGUUACGUUGGGAGAUGAAAGAGGCAGAGUUCAUGAAAGUGUAAAACGCAGCAAUUGCUACAUGGUCUGGGGAGGAGAGGCAUCUGUUAAUUCACAAAGACCAGGUCGUGGUAAUGUUGAUUUGGAAAUUGGAUGCCUCGUUGAAUUGGUUACAGGAAUGUUGUCAUUCACUGCCAAUGGAAGAGAGCUGGGAACUUUCUACCAGGUUGAACCAAACACAAAAUUGUUUCCAGCAGUUUUUUUACAGCCUACAAGCACAAACCUGGUACAGUUUGAACUGGGUAAAUUAAAGAACACCAUGCCUUUAUCAGCAGCAAUCUUUAAAAGUGAAGAAAAAAACCCUAUUCCCCAGUGCCCUCCUCGGCUGGAUGUUCAGACAAUCACACCUGUUGUGUGGAGCAGGAUGCCAAACAGUUUCUUGAAAGUAGAGCCGGACCGAGUCAGUGACCGCCAGGGCUGGCUGGUGCAGUGCCUGGAACCUUUGCAGAUGAUGGCCCUACAUAUUCCAGAAGAAAACAGGUGUAUCGAUAUCCUGGAGCUGUGUGAACAAGAGGAUUUGAUGAAGUUCCAUUACCAUACUUUAAAACUCUAUAGUUCAGUUUGUGCCCUGGGUAAUAACAGAGUAGCUUAUGCACUUUGCAGCCAUGUGGAUGUGUCCCAGUUAUUUUUUACAAUAGAUAAUCAGUAUUUGCCUGGACUCUUACGUUCUGGCUUCUAUGAUUUGCUUAUCAGCAUUCAUUUAGAAUACUCUAAAGAAGCUAAGCUCAUGAUGAACAAUGAAUUUAUCAUUCCUAUUACAAAUGAAACCAGGAAAAUCAGAUUAUUUCCAGAUGAAACAAAGAGAAAUGGUUUGCCUGGAGUUGGACUUAGUACCUGCUUGAAACCAGAUUUUAAGUUCUCUACCCCUUGUUUUAUUUUGUCUCAUGAGGAUCAUCGAAAGCCCAGUCCAGAGAUACCACUUGGAAUGCUUAAGUCCAAAGCCAUAAACAUGCUAACAGAAGCGGUCUACUGUAGCGGAGCUCACAUACGGGACCCUGUCGGAGGGAAGGUUGAGUUUCAGUUUGUUCCUGUUCUCAAACUGAUAGGAACAUUGCUCGUUAUGGGAGUUUUUGAUGAUCAUGAUGUUAAACAAAUUUUACUUCUCAUUGACCCAUGUGUGUUUGGUGAACCCAAAGAAGAAACUAUAGAGAAAACAGAAAAGGAAGAUGCCGCACAUGUAGAAGAAAAAGCUGUAGAAGCUGGGGAGAAGGCAGUCCACAAAAUGAAAACUCCAGUAAGAGGUUUGCUGCAAACAAGAUUGCCUGAAUCUGUUAAACUUCAGAUGUGUGAGCUGCUAAAUUAUUUCUGCGACUGUGAGCUGAAACACAGAGUGGAGUCCAUUGUAUCUUUUGCAGAUACUUAUGUCUCAAAGUUGCAAUAUAAUCAGAAAUUUAGAUAUAAUGAACUCAUGCAAGCCUUGAAUAUGUCUGCUGCUUUGACUGCCAAGAAGACCAAGGAAUUUCGUUCUCCUCCUCAAGAGCAGAUUAAUAUGUUACUGAAUUUUCAACUGGGGGAAGAUUGUCCUUGUCCAGAUGAGAUUCGGGAGGACCUUUAUGAGUUUCAUGACUAUCUUCUAAUCCAUUGCGGUAUACCAUUAGAUGAAGAAGAAAUAGAAAGUGAAGAUACCUCGUGGACUGGCAAACUGCGUUCAUUGAUAUAUAAAAUAAAAGGACCACCAAAAACAGAGGAGAGAGAGACUACAGAAGAAGAAGAAAAAAAAUAUCCUAAUGUAUAUUCCUUCUAUGUCCCUUUGAACUCUUUGACCGGCUGUCAUGUUCCACCAUAUAAAG